GACUGGGCCAUGUCGGCGGAACCUGAACUCAUUGAGCUGCGGGAGCUGGCACCCGCCGGCCGGGCCGGCCCGGGCCGCACCCGGCUGGAGCGUGCCAAUGCGCUGCGCAUCGCGCCUGGCACCGCGCGCAACCCCGCUAGGCAGCUGGUCCCCGGCCGCGGCCACCGCUUCCAGCCCGCGGGCCCAGCCACGCACACGUGGUGCGACCUCUGCGGCGACUUCAUCUGGGGCGUCGUGCGCAAGGGCCUGCAGUGCGCGCACUGCAAGUUCACCUGCCACUACCGCUGCCGCGCGCUCGUGUGCCUGGACUGCUGCGGGCCCCGGGACCUGGGCUGGGAACCCGCGCUGGAGCGGGACACCAACGUGGACGAGCACGUGGAGUGGGAGACACCUGAUCUUUCACAGGCUGAGGUUGAGCAGAAGAUCAAGGAGUACAACGGCCAGAUCAACAGCAACCUCUUCAUGAGCCUGAACAAGGACGGCUCCUACACCGGCUUCAUCAAGGUCCAGCUGAAACUGGCCCGGCCCGUGUCUGUGCCCUCCAGCAAGAAGCCCCCGUCCUUGCAGGAUGCUCGCCGGGGCGCAGCGCGGGGCACAGCCGUGAAGCGCCGCACCUCCUUCUACCUGCCCAAGGACGCCGUCAAGCAUCUGCACGUGCUGUCCCACACCCGGGCCCGGGAGGUCAUCGAGGCCCUGCUCCGCAAGUUCAUGGUGGUGGACGACCCCCGCAAGUUCGCCCUCUUUGAGCGAGCCGAGCGUCAUGGCCAAGUGUACUUCCGGAAGCUGGCGGAUGACGAACAGCCCCUGCAGCUGCGGCUCCUGGCAGGACCGAAUGAGAAGGACUUGAGCUUCAUCCUGAAGGAAAACGACUCUGGGGAGGUGAAUUGGGAUGCCUUCAGCAUGCCUGAGCUGCACAACUUCCUGCGCAUCCUGCAGCGUGAGGAGGAGGAGCACCUCCGGCGGAUCCUGCAGAAGUACUCUCGCUGCCGGCAGAAGAUUCAAGAGGCCCUGCACGCCUGCCCGGUGGGGUGACCCGUGACCCCCAGAUGGCAGGAGAGUAGGCAGCGCCCAGCGUGUGCUGUGUGAGUGUGACCGGGCCCCUGGGGCCUGAGGCGUGAGUGCGGAGGGAGGCCCUCCCCUGCUGGGAGAACGAGCCGAGAUGACAGCCGAGGAGCUGGCCCCCUGUGUCCAGCAGUGGGUUUAGCAGGGCCUGGCGUUGCAGCCCUCAGCCGGUCCUGUAGUGGGUUGGAGGGAGCCAGGGCUGCCCUAGGCUUGUAGCAGGGGCGGAACAGACAGAAGUCGCCUUAAUUUGAGUCUUAACUAUGAGACUUUUGGGGGCCUUGCAGCCCACACAAGGUCAUGUUUGCAGGGGUGAGGGCCUUCAUCGAUGGGGGCUCAGAAAAAGCAGGUAUCCAGGAGGAGUCCACGGUUCCUUCUGGGGGGCCCUCCGACUCCUCCCACACCUGAGGUCAGGGAGUGCCUCAGUGCCUCCUCCCUGGAGGCUGGCCCGGGAGCAGGGUCUGUGUGAAUGUGGGCACGGGCCCAGGACCUUACCUGUGUGCAGGUCGAAGCCGGGGUCUCCCCUUCAGGUAUUUCUGAUGAAGUGUGUGAAUGUAUGUCAUGUUUGGUGGCCUCAGCCGAAUGCCUCCUGUGGGGAAUGGGGUGGGGGACAGUCAUCAUCACGGCCUGAGAGAAUUGGCUGAAUAAAGAUUUGCGGAUCCUCUCGACUUUGGUGUCUUACUGUGGGCCCGCAGCUACCACGGUGGAUACAGUCUCGGGGCGGCUUCCCGGAAGUCACACGGGACCAGUCCGUGAAGGUUCGUGAGCAUGGGUAUGUGCUCAGUCCUCCCUUGGAGCCCUGGUUGGAGGAGGGCUGAAGCCAGCUCCACCUGGAGCUGAGGGUAAUCACUUCUGGACGCAUGCUGAGCGCAGGAAGACUGGCCCAACCCUGCAUCCGAGUAGCUCCAUGUUCUACGAUGAGGAUGGGGACCUGGCUCACGAGUUCUAUGAGGAGACAAUCGUCACCAAGAAUGGACAGAAGCGGGCCAA